CAGCCUCAGAGCAGACACUCAACAAACUGGACACUUGUUCUACCGACUGCACACUGCAAUGACUCUUUAUUAAUAUCUCAUCAGAGGAUCAUACGCUGUGGGUCUGAGGGGACACACACACCGGGACAGCUUCAGCAACACACACACACACACUUACAAACACACAUGGAGAUUGAAAGCAUGGUGGCAAACAGCGCGCUCAUUAAAGCCAGAGAAGGAGGGAGUCGAGGCCGGAGCUACAAAUGGAAAGAGAUGCUGCGCUUCAAUCACAUCAGCCAGUGCAGGGACCAGGCCUCCAGCAUAGAGAGAGAGUACUACAGUCUCUGUGUGAAGCAGCCGAUCGGAAAGAAUCUCUUUCAGCUUUUCUGUCGCAGUCGUCCUGAUCUGCAGAACUACAUCUCCCUGCUGGACGCUCUGGCAAGUAUUCACAGCAUCAAGGUGGAAGUCAACGGUUCUCUGGAUGUGUUUUUG